AUGGCACUCGCCAACUCCUUCGUCUCGCGCCAUUCCCGCUCCAGCUCCAGCUCCAGCUCCGCUGCCGCCGCGCCGCCACCUGCGUAUGGCGAGCAGCAGACCGAUGGGCCGUCGGUCGAGGCCCCUGCCUUGCCACCAGACUUCACCUCCCGUCUGCAGGCCCUGAGCAUCGAUCCGCUUCGUAGCCAAGACGUUCCCACCGCCGACGAGUGCAUAGUUCAUCUGAAGUUACUGGAAGCCUUCUACAAUCUCCGCCAGGACAUCGAAACCUCCGAGGGUGUUUUCGGUAUCGCCAGCCCGACGCCCCCCACCGACGCCCCACGGUACGGGGACGAGGCGCUCAGCCAGGAGGCUGAGCCGCAAGAUGGCGCAGUCGAUGGGGAGUUGAAGAGCAAGGUCAAGCGGGUCCGCGAAAAGAGAUGGGCAGUCUACGUCUCGCGUGCCGUUGAGCGUUAUGAGCAGUGGUUCCUCAAGCGUAUCCCCAAGCUCACCGGCGGCGAGAUGAAAGGCCCCAUCACCGUCACGCAACUAGCUGAAGACGCCACCCUACACGACACUGCCGGCUUCUUGGGUGAGCGACUUCAGAACUUCUUCCCGGAGAACCUGCCACCGCUUGACGUCCUCAUGGUGUGGCAUGCGCAUACGCUCAACCCCCGCAUGUUUUUCGAGGACUGCCUGCGCCAUGGUUGUUUGGAUUUCUGGGCCACUGGUCUACCGUGGGCCGACAUCAAUACCUGUAUUGACAACACCACUUUUGAUUACGAUGUUGGUGAGCCCGUCAAGGCCGGAUGGACGCACAACACGCUCCUCUCCUGGGAAAAUCUGGACGAUCCAUCUGAUAAGGAGAUUCGUUGCCCUUUCUGCACACAAGCGACCCUUUUGUCCAUGCCCUGGUCAAGCGGCGCGGGCUAUCCCUCCGGCUCUGACGCAGAGUUUGCUCCCGGAAAUGGCUAUGCCGACGCCGACUUCGCCCAGACUUGCCCUAAAUGUCAGUCUACCAUCACGCAUGACACUCUUGAGGUGUGGCAGUUCCGUCAAGACAUCGCACUCCUGCUGAAAGAAGAUGUGCCGUUGGGUGGUACGGUGUUAUAUAACAAGCUAGGCCGGCCACCCGCUCACCUGAAGUGGUAUCGCCCACUCUCCCUCUUCGCUAGUGACUGGAUCAAGGAACCUGCAUGUCAUACCAAGCUGCUCGAGGCCACGGAUUUGAGAAAGGACCCCGAUGCAAGUCUCAAUACAGUGAGAGGCGUUCUUCAAGAUUUGAUGCAUACAAUGAGUUUCCGAUUCAUCGGGCUCAAACUGGGCAGGCCCCGAAGUGAAAGUGCUAUCAUGCCUGAGCGCAUAUCUGUUCGUCGAAUGAUGUCUCGCUACUGGAAGAACCAUUCUGUCUUUGGCAUCAACCUGGUCGGCGCAGUGAUUCGGCAGGGAACUUUCAUCGAGAAGAUGCAUAACAUCGGCUGGCUAUUCUCGCCGACGGUCUACUCGAUCGCUGACCGUCUGCUCCGAAAGUACAAGAAUUUCUUCACAAUCAUAGCAUUGGAUCCCAGGAACUGCAGGGUCGUGCCGACCCUUGACGUCGACCUCGCGUGGCACACGCACCAAAACUUUCCGUCCAAGUACUACAACUUCUGCCAGACUGUUUGCGAUGGUGUCUUCAUCGACCACGAUGACAAAGUCGAGGAAGCCAAGCUCGACAAGUCCUUCGAAUGGACCAGCAGGAAGUACCAACGCCUGUUUGGUGAGCCCUACUCCGAGUGCACCUGCUGGUACUGCGAAGCCAUCCGCGAGUCCCACACGACGCCGCUCUCCCGCCUCUUCCGCACCACCAACCAUUCGGUUUCGGCUUCGGUGCACGAGGCAGAUGCCGAGUACCCCAGCGACGCACAUUCCGGCCCUCACAUCUCCUCUCACAACUCGGUUCGCACAAACGACAGCUACUCCUGGUCCGCCGCCCACCGCCGUUCGCACCUCGAGAGGGCCUACGCCGCGGCUGCCCGCCGCGCCAAAAAAGAGGGCCGCGAGCCGCCUGUGCGCGAGGGGUUCUACGCUGCCCAUGAUGCCAAGGACGCCUUCGCGUGCGCCCCGUUCGUCGGCUACGGCCACGGCACAGACUCGCUCGGCGGCGCCGGCUAUGUCGGCGGCGAUCCGGGUUACGCGGAGAUCGGGUCUGGCAUAGCCGGAGGGUGUUGUAAGGGCACGUGCGGCGGUAUGUGGCUGCUGCAUGAGGACUACGGCUGGUUACAAAUAGCUUCGGAUCCAGCCCGCCCUUGGACCUACAUUGCAAUGAGGUCGCACGCAUCCCCAAGCUCAAAGUCGAAGAGACGCGGACCCAAGCGCACCAAGCUGAACACAAGCCGCAUCCGGUCCGCGGAGCGUCUGAUCACUGGAAAGAGUGGGCCUGCUGGGUCGAAGAUCGCUCGCCGCACGGAAUACUCACCUCCCCCGCACAUCAGGCAUGCUCAAAGUCUUGCUCUCUUCCUGAAGCUGCCGCCCGAGCUACGGCGACUGGUUUACAAACAUGUCUGGCACUACUCCUACUGUCCUUACGAACGAAGGCUACUUUCCGAUGACCUCGCCUGGAUUGGCCCCAAUUUCAACACGUGGAUAUGCUUUCCUAAAGUAGUCCUUCACAUGGAUCCUUUCAUCAGGAGAGAAUUCCUCGGUGAACUGUGUCGACAAUUCUCUCUCAACAUCACUUUCGAUGUCAAACAUGGACCUCACGUUUUUGCCGGACCUCUCAAGUCUCCGUCGACUCUGUUCCUAGAACACGUCCGCCGCUGCAACGUUGAAUGGACUUUGUGCAGGCCUGUUGUAUUCACGAGGGCUCGAGGCCUUCGCUUCCAUUUCCACAACGAGGCCGACCUCAUUCUCCUCAGAACUGGACUUCGCAAGCUUAUCAAAGUCUUGGAGACGUCUCCAUUGCUCCAAGAAGUCACUUUCAUUCUCCAUUUUUGCCGCUUCGAGACUGAGAAUAUCAUUAUGAGCGCAUUUCACGAUGCAGCAUCCAUGUUCUCGCUCCCAGCACGCCAGAAACUCAAAAGGCUGACAUUGCUGGUGGCUCCUUGGAACGUCAUCAUCGACGUGAGGGGUGGACAAUUGAGGGGACAGGCUGGAGGCUCUGUACCCAUCAUUCACCUCAAGCCUCGCAUUGGAAAUUUCCACUCUCCCGAUUGCCCUCACUGCGAACAGUUGUGGAAGGACAGAACGAGUGUGGACAUCUGGAGCGAGUUGAAGGCUGAGGUCGGACUACGGCAGAUUAUUCCCAGCACCGGCCACCCCGUCAUCAGGUACCCCACCACAGUCCACCAGAGAGAUCAGGCCCUAAUGUUCGACGAAUAUUCCUGGGAUCGCUCAUCCUUUGAUGUGUCGUUACCCGGCCCUUUGGAGGGCAUCAAAUCUAUCAAUUGGGCUCUUACUGGAAUGGGUUCACUGGCACUCAUGUUGGUCAAGCAAACAAUCACACACACCAGGGCUGUGGUUGCUCCGAUUCGUGUCGCGCUGAAUGCUAUAUUGCUACUGAGAGCAACAAUCGCCAGGAUUUCGGAAAUCCUGGGCCGCGGCAUGCGUCACAAUCCUGACAGUAGCGAUCGCGCUGCCGAUCCUGAGCAGCUACCUGAGAAGCCGCGUACUUGA